AGUCCGCGACAGCGUUUGACAUGUCCUACUCCAUUUUGCCACCGCUAUUGUCAGAUUGGCUUUUUCGUAAAAUCGAGACACUUCGUGUAAUCUUUGAUCAAAAAUCCGAAUUUUUACUUUACCAUUCAAGUGAACGAUGAAUGAACCGCCGGGCGACGAAGCCGGGUGCCUAACGUGCAACCGGAAACCGCUGAACUUCUAUCGCAUACGCGGAACGGAGGAAGAGGACAGCAAGCAAGAUAUUUGCCGGGUGAUAUGCCAGCAUUUUUGGUUCCAGGAAGAUGAGCUGGAACUGGAAAUCAUUUGCAAAAUUUGCUGGGAGAAGUUGAGUGAAUUUCACGAGUUUUACUCUGAAGUGGAGAAAUUACGCAAACGGCAAGAUGAGACGACCAUCCUCGUUAAAGAGGAAGAGGAUUCACAAGAAACAUUUGAUCACGAACAAACUCAACCAACUUCUCAAACUGAGCAGCUGAAAGUGGAGCCCUUGACGGAAGAAUACCUAGAAGCAGAAGAGGAACCGGAAGAACAAAUCGACGAAGAGUCCUCGGAGGAGGAGGAGGAGGAUGAGGAGGAAGAUGACGAUAAUCAAUCCGAGUAUGAGAUAAUAGAAGUGCCAGAACCUUCAGAACCCCGCAAGAAACGGAAGUAUACUCGGCGAGCGCCAGAAGAGAAAGUCAAGAAAGAGGCGAAGAGAUCCUAUCCAUAUAAGCAGAAGACGCAGGAAGAACGAGAAGCGGAAGAUGCCUUCAUCAGGCAGCACACACCGUACGUGUGCGAGGAUUGUAACGAAGUCUUCGAACAGUUCCACCUCUUUCAGCGGCACUGCGUCCAGAUGCAUGGCAAAGAAGGUUUCAUCGUAUGUUGUGGCAUCCGGCACAGGAAGCGCACAGUGCUGUACCAGCAUGUGCAGCACGUUCUGAAUCCGGAGGCAUUCAAGUGUGAGAUCUGCGGUAGGACUUACAAGAACCGCUUCGGGUACAAUCGACACAAGAAGGAGAGCCACGCUACCGAGGAAGAACGUACCUUCAAGUGUCAUCGGUGCCCGAAGAGUUUCAUCAAGGAAGGUCCGCUGAAGCGACACCUGGCGGAUCACGAGACGCUGGAUAAGGGAACGGCCAAGUGCGAGACGUGCGGAAAGUGUUUCAGCAAUAUUGGCAUUCUGAAGAAUCACGUGAAGUAUCGACACGUGAAGCAGAUGGAGUAUAUCUGCGAUGUGUGUUCCAAGGGAUUCUAUAUGCGAUCGACGUUUUUGACGCACAGGAAGACUCAUGAAGUCCCAGCGGAGCAGCUUCGCAAGCAGUGCCCGCACUGUUUCAAGUGGUGCAAGAAUCACGACUACUGGCGCGUACAUAUCCGGAGGCACAACAACGAAGGAGCAGUGAGCUGCGACAUUUGUGGGCACGUGUCGCCGAAUCUGAUGGCGCUGAAGGGACACAAAUCGCGGAUGCACACCGGCCAGAGGGUGUUUCCGUGUACUUUCUGCGGGAAGGAGUAUGCCCGUGCUAUCACGAUGAAGGAACACGUGGCCGCGGCUCACACGGGGGACAUCCUGUACCAGUGUCCGCACUGUGAAAGAACGUUCAACUCUAGCGCCAACAUGCACUCGCACCGGAAGAAGAUGCACCCGAAGGAGUGGCUAGAGCAACGUCUGGCUAAGUAUGGUAACCGGGAAACAGUGGCAAGUGGAAGGGUACUGCAAAGUGGAGUGGCCGGGGUCAAUCCUAAUGUGGAUGUGCAACAGAGUGCUUUUGAGUAGCGAUUGGAAAAGGGAUAUUGUGCAGAAAAUCGCCUCACUAAAAAACGAUUUAUUGAAACACGUGAUUGAAAUAUAAGACUAAUAAGUGGAA